AUGUACGAAAUGGAGUCCCAACAAAUAAUCACGCGCGCCGACUUCAUCCACCCCUUCGACCACAUCGACAUCACCCAUAGCGACGCUAACAGCAUGGUGCACGCCGACAGCGUGCCGAUGCAGAAUGCGUUCCGCGAUAUCGUGAGCGAUGAGGGUUUUGAGGAGCCACUAAGGAGGACGCCGGAUCGCUUGGAUGAGCUCGAGGGUUUGGCAAGGACGAGAGAGGUCAGUCAAUGCGAGGUGCUGGGAAGAAUUCGGGGCGAUGUGCCGAUUGUGGAAUAUUGUGUCAAGAUUUGA